AGAGCCAGCCGCUCGCAUCCCUCCCCCCGUCGCCGUGAUGCUUCGUCUUCCCACUCUCCUCCCGCUUAAACCCUCGGCACCCGCCGCCGGCUUAAACCCCAGCCGCGGUCGCCAACCCAGACGGCGCCUCCUAGCUUCCUCUGCGCCCUCGACGCCGCCGCCACGGCCUCCCAAUCCGACGCCAGCACGGGGAGCGCCCAAAGCCGAGCCUGGUACCAGCCACGAGAACCUAGGGGACGGCACCGCCGACUUCCCCACGACCAAGCCCCGCAAGCCGCGUCGCGGGCGCCGGAGCGAGGCGGCGGCGGUGGAGGACUUCGUGCGUGGCCGCCUCGAGCAGGUCUUCGCCUCCAUCCGGGAGCGCAGCCCCGAGGUCCUCCAAGGUAAGGGCGACAUCUUGAAGCGAAGGGAGGAGGAUGAGGAGGACGAGUUCUCCAACGAGGAGGGGGAAGAGGGGCUUGGGGAGGAAGAAGAGGGGGAGCAGAGGACUGUGGUGGAGGAGGAGGACCCCUCCUGGCCGCUGGACGCUGACAUCGGGUGGGGGAUCCGGGCGUCGGAGUACUUUGACAAGCAUUCGAUCAAGAAUGUGACGGUGGAUGGUGUGGAGAUCGAUUGGGAGGGGGAGGUCGAGGAGGGGUGGGUGAAAGAGAUCAAUUGCUUGGAGUGGGAGAGUUUCGCCUUCCACCCCAGCCCCCUCGUCGUCCUGGUGUUCGAGCGCUACAACAGGGCAGCUGACAAUUGGAAGUUUCUUGAAGAAUUGGAAAAGGCUGCUAAGGUGUACUGGAAUAGUAAAGAUCGGCUACCUCCUCGGACUGUAAAGGUUGAUAUGAAUAUCGAGAGAGACCUGGCAUUUGCACUUCAAGUAGAACAAUGCCCACAGUUAUUGUUCCUCAGGGGAAACAAGAUAUUAUACAGGGAAAAAGAAAUAAGAACUGCUGACGAAUUAGUUCAAAUGAUUGCCCAUUUCUACUACAAUGCAAAAAGACCAUCCUGCGUUAAUCCUGAAGCAAUUGCAUCUCCAAUUUAAUCUCCUGCGUUCCAUUGCUUAUGUGCUGAGACAAUGCCCUAAUUCUCAACUUGGAAAAUGCUCAUAUAUAGACCAGUGUGGAUAAUAUGAUGCUUGAAUCUCUAAACUCAUUACUUGAAGAGAAACAAAAUAAAAUCGUCAAACUGGAACAUCUCAAGUUGGGAGCGUGUCAAACUGUCAACUAUGUCCUAUUGGUAUGCCAUGGUUUUAGUUGUACACUAUACUUACUGCCUUUGUACUGUAAUCUAACAAAACAUACGGUUCAAUUUUCUAGCUAGUACAGAAGAGUGCUAGCCUAAUUAUCUUUGUGGCCAUGCUGUCCAGGAGAUUGUAAAGUCGAUUGUAAGCUUUGAGGCGGAGUGUAAUGUCACUUCACACCACCUUUAGUACAUUGUUGAAGCAAAAUGAAGUCAGGGAUGCCAGGUUGCCAACCCAUAUAUGUUUGUCAUCUUUUAACUCUUCUAUUUAUUCUAUUUUUUAUCUGCUAGUGCUGUAAUUGAA